AUUGACAGCUGUCACCUUUGGUGGAGUUGUGGAUUGUGGAACAUAAAUAAGAAUUAUUUUGCGGAAUAAUAUUAGUGAAAAGAUGAGUAUUACGGCGAAUGAGUAUAUGCCGACUCAGGAGGAGCUGACGGUGAAGGAGAUCGAGGUGUCUGGUCCGGUUCUGAAGGCCGGUGCCAUGCACUUGGGGAAGCGUUGCGAAUAUCAGAAUAAUGAAUUCGUCCUUUGCCGCAACGAGACGGGCGAUCCUAGGGCCUGCAUCAAGGAAGGCAAGGAGGUCACCAAUUGUGCCAUGAAUUUUUUCAAAGACAUCAAGAAGUCUUGCUAUGGCGAGUUCAUGCAAUACGUUAAUUGUUUGGACAAAUCCAGCACUAACCAGGCGUUCUCUCCGUGUCGUAAGACCCAAGGUGUCUUUGAUAAAUGCAUGCAGGACAACUUGAACAUGGAGCGUCCCCCUCAUGAUUACUUUGCUCGUACGCACAUCCAUAAAACGAAUCGCCCAAAGCCUGUGCCAGAGCCCAAGCCAGAAUAUCCAGACCGCAAUCCAUACCUUCCAGAGGAUGCAGAGUUGCCUCCAGCCAAAUACGGCUCACGUUAUAUAUGGAUGUGGUAGAUUGUUGCAAUUUCCAGAUUGUAGUUUAACUUUUAAAUGAGAAUGUAAAAUGUAAAUAAAUUAUCAACCCAGUUGUAUUUACAACAA